UUAAUGCCCCAUGUGCUGCGUUACGCAGCACAUGCGAUUGUCGAAGUGAAGCGGAGACUAUCAGUGUACAGUAUGUGAGUGACGGACAGCGAAAAUCUAUAAACCAAUUCACUUUAUCGGGUUCGACCUCUCAAAAAUCUGAUUACGCG